UACAGUUCUGUUUGGCUUGAGCUCCUUCACUUCAGCUAGAAAAGGAUCAAACUAUCAGAGUAGGGUUUUUAGGGUUUAAGAGUGGCUAGGAUUGGGUUUUCCCACUGCUAGGGUUCAAUUUUCUCACCAUUUUCUCUCUCAUUUCCUCUAUUUGGAACUUCUGAUUUCCUCUAUCGGAGUCUCAGAUCACCAUGUGGGCGCUUCGUCGAGCUUCUAAUCCUCUCAAGAAUCGAGUGCUUGGCAUCGGAACUUCUAGAGCUUGUUGUGCUAAAUCAGAAGUAGCAAGUUGUUGUUUAGAUGUCAAAGCCAGUAAUGGUGAUUCUCACCUAGUAGCAUCUGAUGGAUGCAUCUCUUUGAAGAGAUUUUACAGUGCAGCACAUGGUUCCCCAAAUUUCUUUAUGGGGUGUUGCAGUUUUUCUUCACAGGCUGACACAAAAAGCAGUGCACAAGAAGAAGAUGAUUUGGAGGAUGGGUUUUCUGAGCUUGAGAAUGCAGCUAGUGCUGCUGAUGUGGUUCAAGACAGCAAUGUUGACGAUUUAAACGAAGAUCAAUUGAUUUCCGAACCAGAGCUCUCUGAAGAAGAAGAUGAUGGUGAUGGUGUAGAAGAACCUCAAAAUGAGCUGGAAUUAUUUGAUAUUGAGGCAGAAGUAACUGAGAAAAGACCUCCACAAAUGAGAGCUUCUUCGGCAUUGUUCAAGGCUAUCAUGGCUGCUCCAGGUUUGUCUGUUCAAAGUGCUUUGGAUAAGUGGGUUGAGGAGGGAAAUGACUUGAAUCGACCUGAGAUAGCCUUGGCCAUGCUCAACCUUCGGAAACGUCGGAUGUAUGGGAGGGCCUUGCAGCUCUCAGAGUGGCUGGAGUCAACUAAGCAGCUCGACUUUGUUGAGAGAGAUUAUGCUUCUCGCCUUGAUUUGAUUUCCAAGGUACGGGGUCUCCAAAAGGCCGAGAACUACAUUGAGAAGAUCCCGAAAUCCAUGAGGGGAGAAAUCACAUAUAGAACUCUUUUGGCUAAUUGUGUUGCCGCAAACAAUUCGAAGAAAGCAGAGCAAGUGUUCAACAAAAUGAAAGACCUUGAAUUCCCGAUCACAGUCUUUGCGUGCAAUCAGUUGCUCCUCCUAUACAAGAGACUCGACAAAAAGAAAAUAGCUGAUGUGUUGUUGUUAAUGGAGAAAGAGAAUGUGAAGCCAACGCGCUUCACGUAUAGAAUCUUGAUAGACACCAAAGGCAAAUCUAAUGACAUAACAGGGAUGGAUCAGAUUGUUGAGACUAUGAAAGCUGAAGGGAUUGAACCCGAUUUAAACAUACAAGCAAUAUUGGCUAGGCACUAUGUCUAUGGUGGGCUCAAAGAAAAAGCCGAGGCUGUUUUGAAGGAGAUGGAAGGAGGCAACACGAAAGAGAACCGUUGGGCUUGCCGUGCUUUGCUUCCUCUGUAUGCUGCUCUCGGAAAGGCCGAUGAAGUGGGGCGAGUUUGGAAGGUUUGUGAGUCUAAUCCCAACCCCGAUGAGUGCAUGGCUGCCAUUGAAGCUUGGGGGAAACUAAACAAAAUUGAAGAAGCCGAGGCGGUCUUCGAACGGAUGUUGAAAACGUGGAAAAAGCUAUCUUCAAAGCAUUAUUCAACGCUCUUGAAAGUUUAUGCAAACCAUAAGAUGUUGGCAAAGGGAAAGGAUCUUGUGAAGCGAAUGGCAGAUAGUGGGUGCCGGGUUGGCCCAUUGACGUGGGAUGCGCUUGUGAAGCUCUACGUGGAGGCUGGGGAGGUCGAAAAGGCCGACUCAAUUCUACAGAAAGCUGCACAGCAGAACCAGAUGAAGCCGCUGUUCAGUUCUUACAUGGCGAUUAUGGACCAGUAUGCGAACAGAGGCGAUGUGCACAAUGCUGAGAAGAUGUUUCAUCGGAUGAGACAGUCUGGGUACGUGGGUCGGCUUAGGCAGUUCCAAACUUUGAUCCAGGCUUAUAUUAAUGCCAAGUCGCCAGCCUACGGGAUGAGAGAGAGGAUGAAGGCAGACAAUAUUUUCCCAAAUAAAGCAGCCGCUGAGCAGUUGGUUCAGGUUGAUGCAUUUAGGAAGUCGGUGAUGUCGGAUUUGCUCGACUGAGCGGUGAGGGUUUUAAGAAGUUCCAAGUGAAUCAAAGUUAUGUUGUUUGGGUACUUAUUUUUUACUCUUGUUUAUACCAAACUAGUAGGGAUUUACUUGUAGGCGGAAACAUUUUUGGAUCAUGCUUUUUGCUGUAUCUGCUGCUAUUGAAGCUUUUUAAUAUGUCAGUUCAUAUGUCCAAAUCCACCAGAUUGAUUUUGCUGA